GAGGCGGCUGGGCCCAGAGGGAGGGAGGCGGCUGAAGGGUGGGUGGUCCGGGCUCCUCGGCGGAGCCCCAGGUGUGCAUCGCUGGUGGCCACAGCCCCAAGAGAACAGCCGGGCUCCCUCCGCGACCCAGUUCGGUGGCUGCAGCUGCAGUGGGACGACCCGGGGCGGGGGGGUCUCCCAGGUGGCCACUCUUUCCCGGAAAUGGUUACCGAUGCAAUGGUCUCUAAAAAGGGCCUGGAGUAGUCAAAUUGUCCCUUUUUUAAGAACGGGUAAUUCUAGAUCUUAAAGCGAGUUCUUAGCGAUGCUCCCUGCCAAGGCCAGGGCUGUCGUUUUAGGGCUGGGGUCACACUGAGGUUGCAUGUGGAGCCUUGGUCCCCGGUCCCCAGCCCGGGGUUUUUCCUUAAGCAAGAGAUGCUGCCAGCGCAUGCUUAGAGCUUUCUUUUACCCUGUUUUGAAUGCAUAAAACGUUUUUGGUCCGCAUGUGUUCCAUUUUGCAGAAAGAAGAAAGCGGCCAAACGAAUACCAUGAGGUUCCAUAGGAGCCCACUUUUUUGUUCAAGGCAGGGAAGUAAGAGCAAACCAUCGCUGUCUUUCCCCAGUGACAUCCUUUGUUUCAUUACUUGAAGCCUCCAGCUUUUCUAACACUCAUGAUGCCAGGAGGGAAAUCGCCUUCGAAUAAAAGACUCCGUAGGAGUUUAUCAACCAACAGAACUAAAAAGAAUGAAUCUAAGUCCAUUGUUUUGUGUUUUAACAAUGCACCGCCUGCUAGACUCGCGUGUCCCAUUUGUAGUAAAAUGGUGCCCAGGUAUGACCUAAACCGGCACCUUGAUGAAAUGUGUGCUGACCCCAGUGAUGUCACUCCAGCUGACCCUGGGCAUGGUGGCUUAACAAAUUCCCACGUGUCCACUGUAGAUUUAACGAACACUGCCGUAGAGGAUGUAACACCACAGAAGUCGUCACCAUUAAAGACAAAUUUAACCCUUGACCAAACGGAUUCAGCAAAACCAGGCGUAAAAAAGCAGACGAGUCCCUACUUUAAAAGUAAUGAUAACGAGGCGUGUAAAAAUGAAGAUGAUCUGAGUCCGCGUCAUGUCAAGGUCAUUCCUUUGGGAAGCCUGUCAUCUAAACUGUCCAGAAAAUACAUAAAAGCAAAAAGAUCAAUAGAGAAGAAUGAGGAGUUUGCCAAUCAUACUCCACAGAGUUCCUCAGCCCCAGGGGUUAAGACGGUUAACUGUUCAGAGACCGAGAACAAAGAUCAGAUGUUGGAAAACAGUUCUCAAAAGGAAAACCUAUUUACCUGUGAUUCUCUUACUGAACAAAACACUGAAAGUACUGUAGAAGACGCUACGUUAAUAGACGCAGCAAACCAAAACUCCACGCAGGAAUGUGGGAGGUCAACCCUCACUCCUGCUUUCUCAGAUAAUGCUGCUAUGAUGUCAGCACCAGAAUUAACUCCGGGGAGUAGACUGCAGUCUGCUUCGCAGGCCAGUCUUGCCAAGCAGGAGAGUAUCAGUCAAGUGCAGGGCGCAGGUGUUGAAAAACUCGAGGCGGAUGUUGAAGUCACAAUGACUGUGGCUGCGGAAGCUAAACCACAGGUGUCAGAUCAGGAGGCACCAUCUCAUAGUUCUACACACGAUGCUUCUAAGGGGAGUGACACCCCCAAACGCCCUCUGGAAGAUGACAGUGGCUUAAUGAAUGAAGUCACUUGCAGAGUUCCCUUGGAACAGGGGUCAGGCUGUGACGGUCAUGAUGGUCAAACAGUUCCAGCACCCUCGAGCCAUCCUUACUACCUUCGGAGUUUCCUUGUGGUGCUGGGAGCCGUACUUGAGAAUGAAGAUGAUAGGAUGCUCUUCGAUGAACACGACAAGGGGAUUGUGACUAAAUUUUAUCAAUUAUCAGAGAGCGGUCAGAAGUUAUAUGUAAGACUUUUCCAACGUAAGUUCGGCUGGAUUAAGAUGAGUAAAUUGGAGUAUGAAGAGAUCGCCCCUGACUUAACCCCCGUGGUUGGAGAGCUGCAGCGAGCUGGCUUUCUGCACACAGAAUCUGAGUUGCAAGAACUCCCUGAAGUGCUUGAACUCCUUUCUGCUCCCGAACUGAAAACGCUGGCGAAGACCUUCCACGUGGUGAACCCCAGCGCACAGAAGCAGCAGCUGGUGGACGCUCUGCUCAAACUGGCCAGACAGCCAUCCGUCUGCACUUGGGGCAAGAAGCCGCCCGCCAUCGGAGCAGUGAUUUUAAAAAGAGCCAAGGCCUCGGCUGGACCCUCGCUGAGGCUGUGUCAAGGCCCCCGGGCCGUCUUCUCCCGGGUCCUGCUGCUUUUCUCCUUGACCGACUCCCUGGAGGAGGAGGAGGCUUCCUGUGGGGGCCAGGGCCAGCUCUGCACUGUGCUGCUGGUCAACCUCGGCCGCGUGGCGUUUCCUCAGUACACCGUCCAUCGGGAGACCCGAAUCUUCCAGGACCGAGAAGACCUCAUCAGGUACGCAGCCGCCGCCCACACGCUGAGCGACAUCUCCACCGCCAUGGCCAGCGGGAACUGGGAAGCAGCGAACGAGCUCUCUCAGCGUGCCAAGAGGGACUGGGACACCCUGAAAAACCACCCUUCCCUGAGGUACCACGAGAACUUACCGCUCUUCCUGCGGUGCUUCACUGUCGGGUGGGUUUACACAAGAAUCCUCUCUCGGGCCGUGGAAAUCCUGCAGAGGCUCCACAUGUACGAGGAAGCGGUCAAGGAACUGAAGGACCUCCUGGCCCAGAAGAUCUACUGUCCCGACAGCAGAGGCCGCUGGUGGGACCGGCUGGCUCUCAACCUGCACCAGCACUUGAAACGCCUCGAACCGGCUAUCAAGUGCAUCGCCGCAGGGCUGGCGGAUCCUGAGGUGAGAACGGGGCACCGCCUUUCCCUGUACCAGAGAGCCGUGCGCCUGAGAGAGUCCCCGAGCUGUCAGAAGUACAGGCACCUCUUCCGCCGGCUGCCGGAAAUCACCGUGCACGAUGUGAAACACGUGACCAUCACGGGCCGGCUGUGCCCGCAGCACGGGAUGGGCAAGUCCGUGUUUGUGAUGGAAGCCGGGGGGGCUGCCACCCCCACCACCGUGCUGUGCUCCGUGGAGGAGCUGGCACUGGCCUAUUACAGACGCAGCGGCUUCGACCAAGGGAUUCAUGGGGAAGGGUCCACCUUCAGCACGCUGUUCGGCCUCCUCCUGUGGGACGUCAUCUUCAUGGACGGGAUUCCCGACGUCUUCAGAACCGCCUACCAGGCGUUCCCGCUGGACUUGCACACGGACAGCUUCUUCGCCAGCCGGGAGCCGGCCAUCGAGGCCAGGCUGCAGCAGAUCCACAGCGCCCCCGCCGAGCACCUGCGAGCCUGGGUGGCGGACGUGUGGCAGGCUCAGGAAGGCCGAGCGGCUUCUGUAGUCAGCUGGGAUCGCUUCGCUUCCCUUCAGCAAGCUCAGGACCUGGUUUCCUGCGUGGGGGGCCCGAUCCUGAGUGGCGUGUGCCGACGCCUGGCUGUGGACUUCCGGCACUGCCGAGGGGGCCUGCCCGACCUGGUGGUGUGGAACUCCCAAAGUCAUCGCUUCAAGCUGGUGGAAGUCAAGGGCCCCAACGACCGCCUUUCCCAGAAGCAGAUGAUCUGGCUGGACGAGCUGCAGACGCUGGGGGCGGACGUCGAGGUCUGCCACGUGGUCGCCAUGGGGGCCAAGGGCAGAGGCCUCAACUGAGAGCCGUGGGCCUAGGACUUUCAAAAGCUUCAGUGCAAUUACGUUUCAUUUCCUUUUGACUUUGUGAUUGUCAGCAAUAAACCUGAGAGGACACUUGGUAUGGGCUUGAAUAUACACACACCUUGAUUCCACACAGCAGUAAUGAACUUUGUAAAAAGCGGACAACUUGGGUGGCCGUUUUAGGAACUGGAGACUUUUACCAAACCAGCCGAAAACCCCCCAACAAAUGAGACAGUGUACAGCUUUUAUAAAAGGAGGGUGCACGUCUGGAAACAGAUUCUAAGUUUCCCCUUCUACUUCACCCAGCUGUUAACCUGUCUCAUUUUACCAUUAUCCAAGAAGGGCAUGAGCAGUUGAAAUUCUUACUUCUUUAGGAAUUAAAAAGCAAAUUCUCAUCAAGUUGCUUAGUGCAUCAGUCAGUGCCUGCUCUUACUGCUCAGGCCUGUGUCACCCAAGGAAUGAGCGAUCUCUAUCACAGGCAGGUGUCCCUUCCCAUCCUUCCCGGGAACGCCCCCAGUGACUAGAUCAGGGUGGUGUUCUGUGUGGACAAGGCCACUGACAGACGGGGCUCCUGUGCCCACAGCUGGGAGCCUCGGGCUGGGGAAGGCGUAAGGAAGGCUGGUCACCACAAUGGCGGACCCGGGAGUCGGCCUGGGGCCCCAGGCCCCCACAGACCAAUUCUGGGACUUCAGGGAAGUGUCCCUCCUAGCUUUUUAGUUGAUGAGGUGGAAUGACAGGUGAGGCCAUGGUUCACGAACACCUGCAUGGCUGUAACUCCAGCUGGUUCUGGAGUGAUGCUAAAAAGGUCAGGGAUCACUCCUCUGUUUUAGAAGCCAGAGCGCAGAGUGGACCCCCCACGCAGGCAGCUGCAAGGACAAGCCCCCACUUCUCGGACCACUCUGUUCCCGCAGAUGACAUCACACUGAUAAUGACCCCAACCGACGACUGGGAUUUUUAUUGAGCAGGAGGCAGAACUUCCUUCACACACAUCACUGCUGAACAAGACCCUUCUUCCUGCCCCUCCUACUUUGUAACUCAAGUCACAGUCAAUUUCAGGCACGAAGGUGUUAGCUGUCUCUCAAAGUCAAGGUGAGCUACUUGAGGUUACUGCUACAGCAGGCCGACUUGGCGGGAGGACGUGCUGAAUGCUUUGUGCUCACCCUCCAUGAGCACAAACUAAUAUGCUUCUCUUAAAUAAAGUUAGACAUUUUUGGCUUUAAAGUUGGUUUCCAUCACAAAAUAACAGUAAGACAUUGUACAUCUUUUAAGCUCAGUCCUGGAAGUCCCAGCUGUCUGGUGCCCGGGGGGCCCGGCUUCGCUUGCGGGAGUCUGGGACCCAGAGGGAGGCUUGCUCUGGGGCAGCGCAGUGACCCCACCGGGACUUUGUCACCGCCAUGUCCUGCGAGCUCCCGGGGACGCCGGGCGGCUCUGCGGCGGCCGGGACUGAGGCUGUGGCAGCUGGUUUUCAUACUAUGCACGGUCCGCUGCGGCACAGUAAUCACGAUACAACCACCGCCCACAAAAUAACACGGAACUCCGUCUUUUACUACAUUUGAUUAUCAUACAAAAAUAUGCACAAUUUCUAUCUGAGGACAGUAUUAAUAGUACCUAAUUGUUGUUAAACUUAUAAAUCAAAAAAAUUACUGAAGGAGUUGCCAUAAAUGGGUGAAGGGAAGAAGAUUAUAGAGAAAAAAAAUGCUCAACCCGCUCCAAAAGUAACAAACUUGGAACAAUUUGCAGCAAAGCAGCAGCUGGUGAAAACGGGAGGAGAAUGAACAGCACAGGUUCAGUGGCAGGAAACCAGCUGUGGCGUUCUAGGGGGUCUGGGACAGGAUUCUGAAAAGGACUAUAAAAUGUUCGAUGGCAACGGUGCUAUUUGUAACGGCUGGAGAGAGCCCUUAUGUUCUAGGCGAUGGGUAGGAGGAACCCUGAGUUCCUCCACAAGGGGAGUCCUCUGAGACACUGCAUAGGAGCCCUUCAAGGCCAGAGGCAUUAUCAACGCAAAGGCAAACGAUUCAAAAAGGAACAGCUAGUCACUACAAAGGCAGGUAAAACACUUGGUUUAGAGAGGGAAAUAAGCUAACUAGACACGACUAUGAAAUUUUCUUCCAAGUGCAGGAUGGCAGUUUAAGAAACCAGGUAAGAGCAGUGGGACAACAUUCAUCCUUCGAGCAGGGAGCGAGGGAUGCUGGGGGAGUGCUGCACGCCAGCACCGCAGGUUACGCUCUGACGCCGCAGCUUUGGCUCCUGCACACGGCUGCAAAACCAGGGCAUUCCUGACCAAGACGACCCACCCCUCUGUUGCUCAGUCUCCUCUUGAUACUGCUGUAUCAGGGGGACAGAGGGCUCUUGCUAUUAAAAUGAUGGGGCUUUGAGAGGGCAGGGUUUUUUUUUGUUUGUUUUUUAAAGAUUUUAUUUAUUCAUCCCUAGAAAAAGGGAGAAAGAGGAGGACAGAAAUAUCCACGUGUGGUUGUCUCUCACACACACACACCAAGGAUCUGGCCUA